UUUAAAACUACUAUCAAGAUAAUGGAAUUUACUAAAGACCCAGAAUUCAUGCCAUUCAGCGAUGAUCUCGAUCAGCCAGACUUCAUGUUUGAUCUUUCUCCCUUCGGUGGUUGCAACUAUAUUGAAGAGUUUAUGACCACUAAGAAGCAAGAUCCAACUGAAGUUAUUGCCAAGAAAAUCAAGGCUGAAGAACUAGGUGAAGAAUUUAAACCUGAGUUCAGCCUCUGUGAAGGCUCUAUGGAUAUUAGAUACGAUUUUACAGACUCUACUCUAAAUCAGGACGUAUCUAAUGCCUUCAUCUUUAACUUUGAUAAUGCUAACUCAAGUGGCUCCCAGACUCCUUCCAAGAUAUGCAAAGAUGAUACCUCUGAGAAAUCAGAGGAAAAGAAGCCAGACUCAGAGUUAAGUGAUAUUUUGAAGCCUAGACCAGUUUUGGUCUCUUCAACUUCCGUGAGAUCCAAGAAGGAGUCCGCUGUUGAUAAAGGAAAAAGAUUUUCCAAAAAGAAUGAUGCAGACUUGUUCAAGAUUCUCAGAAAAUUAUGUGAGGAGAAGGGAACUUCGAUUAAGAAUUUCUGGAAGGAUGAUCUUCCAUUAGUGCAACCUGAAUCUUCCAUCUUGUUAGACCUGACCUUGCAAGUUGGAUGGAAGAGAAACAGGAAAAUCGAUUUGUUGAAGAGAAUCAGAAGAAUCGGUCGGAAACAGUCUUUCUCAGUAAGAGAGACUAAGCUUCUUAGAAGGUUAAUGAACCAGCAGAGGAAGCAAGGCACCUAUGAUUACGAAUCUGUGCUUGAGCACUUCCCUGGGAAAACUCUCGAAGAUGUCAUCAAGAGGUUUAACGAAACGAGCUAAAUGAACUUAUGGUUGAUUUUUGUUAAAAAUUAUGUCUCACGAGAGAUUAUAGUAAAAGUAAAUUAAUAAUAACCCAUUU